AUGGCUGGCCAACCGACACAAUCAAUCAAGUGCGUGGUGACCGGUGACGGUGCAGUUGGCAAGACAUGUCUCCUGAUAUCAUACACGACCAACGCCUUCCCCGGCGAAUACAUACCCACAGUCUUCGACAACUACUCUGCUAGUGUCAUGGUAGAUGGUCGACCUGUGUCGCUGGGACUGUGGGAUACUGCUGGUCAGGAAGAUUACGAUCGAUUGCGGCCUCUAUCUUAUCCUCAGACGGAUGUCUUCUUGAUCUGCUUCUCGAUUGUGUCGCCGCCCAGUUUUGACAACGUCAAGGCAAAGUGGCAUCCUGAAAUCGAACAUCAUGCGCCCGGCAUCCCCAUCAUACUAGUUGGGACGAAGCUCGAUCUCAGGGACGACCGCGCGACAGCCGAGGGGUUACGCUCAAAGAAGAUGGAGCCUGUCUCGUAUGAGCAAGCACUGGCUGUUGCUCGGGAGAUCAGAGCCGUGAAAUACCUAGAGUGCUCGGCUUUGACGCAGCGGAAUUUGAAGAGCGUUUUCGACGAAGCGAUCAGAGCCGUCCUCAGUCCAAGAGCACCAGCUGCAACAAAGAAAAAGAGCAAAUGUGUCAUACUAUAG